CUGUUAGCAGACGCUCUUAGUUUUCAGCAUUUCAGCACUUCAAGUAUCUUCAGACUCUUCAGUAGUCCUUAAUUGUGUGCAGUUAUGUAUUUUAUUUAUUGUUAUUUAUAUAUCAAAUAUACGUGAAACAUGAGUACUGAGGAGAGACUGGUGACUGAGGUACCCAGUAGUUUGAAACAACUGGCGCGCCUUGUUGUACGUGGAUUUUACACAAUAGAGGAUGCUUUGAUUGUGGAUAUGCUGGUUAGAAAUCCAUGUAUGAAAGAAGACGAUAUUUGUGAAUUGCUGAAGUUUGAACGCAAAAUGUUGAGAGCUAGGAUAUCUACAUUACGAAAUGAUAAGUUUAUUCAAGUGAGAUUAAAGAUGGAAACAGGGUCGGAUGGCAAAGCACAAAAAGUUAACUACUACUUUAUUAAUUAUAAAACAUUUGUAAAUGUAGUAAAAUAUAAACUUGAUUUAAUGAGAAAAAGAAUGGAAACUGAAGAAAGAGAUGCAACCAGUAGGGCUAGCUUUAAAUGCCCAAGUUGUUUGAAAACAUUUACAGAUCUUGAAGCGGAUCAACUUUUCGACAUGAGAACUGGUGAAUUUAGGUGUACAUAUUGUCGGGAGAUAGUAGAAGAAGAUCAAUCUGCUCUGCCAAAAAAAGAUUCCAGAUUAUUAUUAGCCAAGUUUAACGAACAAUUGGAACCAUUGUAUAUAUUAUUGAGGGAAGUAGAAGGAAUUAAAUUGGCACCCGAAAUAUUAGAACCAGAGCCUGUUGAUAUUAAUAUUAUUCGAGGUACUGAUACGAGAAAACCAAGUAGUCUUAGAGCACCUAGCGAACAAUGGUCAGGUGAAGCUACUAGAACAUCAGGUUUUAUGGUGGAAGAAACUAGAGUGGACAUUACUAUUGGAGAUGAAUCUCCAGAUGACAAUGCAGCAAAUCACAGAAAGGAGAGACCCAUAUGGAUGAUGGAAAGCACAGUUAUCAAUUCUGAUUCACAGCCUGAUGGUGUAAAUACACAAGAAAGUAUUCUGGACAAAGCUGCAACCACUGCCACAAACACAAACACGACGAAUAAUAAACAGGGUGAUGAUAUUAUGUCAGUAUUAUUGGCUCAUGAGAAGAAAGGUGGCACUAAUUCCGCGGCAUCCAUUAAAGCAGUACUUCCACAAGAAUCCAGCGACAGUAGUGAUAAUGAGGAAGAUAUGGAAAUGCAAACUGUUGAUACUGGUGAAGUGGAGAUGAUGGAUUCCGAAGACGAUGAGCUCGUACCAACCGUUAGUGUAGGUGGUAAAACCGUCGCGAUCACUGAUGUUAACGAUACUCUAAUCGCAGAAAUGACAUCAGUAGAGAAGGAGGCUUACAUUCAGACGUAUCAAGAAUAUUAUUCACAUAUGUAUGAUUAGAAUCAAAGAACAAUGAGCAUCUUCAUAAUCAAUACAAGACUGAUAUUGAUUUUAUAUAUAUAUAUAUAUAUAUAUAUAUAUAUAUAUAUAUAUAUAUGUAUAUAUAUGUAUAUAUAUAUAUAUAUAUAUAUCGUUGUUUUCUAUAAUAUUUUAUAUAUAAUCAUAAAAUGUAUAAUUUUUAAGAAUAUAGUACAGUAAUUUUUU